AUGUCACAAUCGUUUUCGCCACAAUAUUAUGAGACAUUUGAAUUCAUCAAAAGUAAAUUUUCAGGUUCUAAUUUGACCUUAGAAGAAGCGAGGCAUCAAAUGGAUGAUAUGACUGUACCAAUUCCUGAUAGCAUUAUCGUGAAUGAGGUUAAAUUGGAUGACAAAUAUAGGAUCAAAAGCAAGGAAUAUUUGGAGGAUGGCUUGAAAAAAUACGAGGACGUUGUUGAUGAGAAAUGGAAAGAUUUGGAUGAUGGUGGGUUAUACGGAGAGUGGAUUAGAGUUAAGGAUGAAGGGGAAGAUAGUGAUGGAAAAUUUAAGAUCACGGGAAGGGUAGCGCUUUAUUUUUUUGGUGGUGGAUAUUUUGCGGGAUCCUCUAAAGUAUCUCGCGGUCAUACUAGCGUGAUCGCUGAAAAGGCUGAAUGUCAAGUUUUUGCAAUUGAUUAUCACCUUUCCCCACAACAUCAAUUUCCUGCGCCACUUUGCGACGCUCUAGCAGCGUAUUUCUAUCUUACUAACCCUGGCCCGGAAGCUGGAUUCGAACCAAUUGAUCCAAAGCGAAUUGUGUUUGUUGGAGUCAGUGCGGGUGGUGGAUUGGCUGUUAGUACCGCGAUGUUCCUUCGUGAUGUUGGUUUACCAUUGCCAUCAGGACUUGUUUUAUUCUCACCAUGGGUGGAUUUGACAAGCAGCAUGCCAUCAUACUGGGAACCUGAAAUGGAUAAAUCGGAUUUGAUGCUAGGCAGGUUAUGUACGCCUCCUCUUGGUCCACCAGGCCCCAUGUCAAUUGAAUAUCUUAAACGCGCCAAAAUUCUAUCAGAUAAAAUUAAGCAAAAAAAGCCAAAGGUGGUUGGUCACGAUUCUUUUACCAAAAUUCCAAGAAUUAGGCUUUACUGCGCAAAUGAGGCCUUGGCCAUUCCUUAUAUCAGUCCAAUGUUGGCUGAAAGUUUAGGAAAUUUACCACCCAUUUUAUGUCAAACAGGUGGCGGAGAAAGGUUUCGGGAUUCUAUAGUUUUAUUUGGUUUUAAAACUUCUGAUCCAAGCAAAUAUCAAUUGCCCAAAUACGCUACGGAGAAUUUUGAUAAAUCCCCAUUCAAGAAACCCACAAAAGUCACACUUGAGGUCUAUGACGAUGCUUGCCACUGCUUUUUUGUUAUUCCUUUUGAAAAAAUCAGCCAGUUUGCGCUAAAUAGAGCAUUUGAUUUCAUUAAGCUUCAUGCAGCCGUUGAUGAAAGUAUUCCUGACGGGUCAGAAAAUAGCGCUACUUAUGAAAACGGCAAAUCUCUUAAUGCGAUCGCAAUUAACCUUAACUGUGAUAUUAGGGAGUUGGAUGCGAAAUAUGUGGAUUGCUUAAAGUUUGAGAAUAUUGGAGUUUUGCCGGAUGUGAAUGAACCAGAUUAUGUAGAUAACGUAUAG